GUAAUUACCGCCUGUCAGGUCGUUCAAGGUCGUUGAAACCUGACGGCGGGCGAUUUUGAAAGGGUUUGACUUAUUCGCCGUGUCUUAAAUGGCAUUUUGACUUUAAUAUUUCUGAUUGCGUGGAAAUCAACCCUUCACAAUGUUUGGAGCAAAUAAGCCUGCCUUCGGUGCCACUUCCAGCUCUGCUUUCGGGCAAAGUUCUUCGCUGUUUGGAGCCACAUCAAAUCCCCAAACACAGCCUACCUCAAGCCUGUUUGGUCAACAGUCAGGUGGCCUCGGUGGAACAAAUAAACUGUUCACUGGGAACCAGAUGAAUGCGCUGUCCUGGGGUUCCACAAGUAUGACCUCCAAUGGAACAUCACUUGCAUUUAACCCACCCAUUACAACCGAAAUAAUGCAACGGGGUGGCCAGCCUUCGCAAGUAAAUGCGAAACAUAUGUGCAUCACCGCUAUGAAAGAGUAUCAGGAUAAAAGCCUAGAGGAACUUCGCCUAGAGGAUUAUUCUUUGAAUCGCCGUGGUCCAUCAACAUCAUCUGGUGGGACUUCAAUCUUUGCCUCCUCAUCGACUGCGAAACCGUUUCAAUUCGGAUCACCUCAAAUAAAUACAUCAACAUCUAUUUUUGGUCAGACUAGUAAACCUGCAAACACUUUGUUUGGUGCUUCAGCCAGUGGUGUCAGUAGCAGCAAUAGUAUGCUUUUCGGAGGUACAGGGACUCAAUCAGCCUUUGGACAAACUUCCCAAGGAGGUCUUUUGGGUUUGAAACCUCAAUUCGGCGCUGCAACUACUCCAAGUAUAUUUGGUUCGACUCCCGCGUCGCAAUCAUCUGGGUUUGCCUUUGGUCAAACAAAUCAAACAACUUCUGUUUUUGGUGCGAAACCCUUGUUCGGCACCACUUCAGCUGCUGGUACUGGUACUUCUCUUUUUGGAACCGCGCAAGCCACACCACAACUUGGGAAUACUGGAUUUUCAUUUGGCCAACCACAACAACAGGCUACUGGAUUAGGCACUUCCACUAGCUUUUUUGGUCAGUCAAAUCAGGCAUCAACUGCUGCCAAGCCUUCGCUUUUUGGGACCCAGCCAACGACCGGCACAGGUCUUAUGUUCGGAUCACCGUCUACCGGUAUUUUUGGCGGAGCUAAACCUGCCGGAGCAACGUCAGUAUUUGGUGCUCCCACAACUGGAUUAACGGGUUUGCAAGGGACUCAGCAGCAAACUGGGUUUACAUUUGGCUCCCCACUGGGCACAGCUGGUGGAUUGCGACCUGCCGGCACAACAAGUUUAUUUGGAGCGAAUACAGCGGCUACAACUUCAACUGCCCUUAAACCUGGUGGUUUAUUUGGAUCUGGGACAUCCACUGGCUUUGGUUUUGGAACUGGUUUAAAUAAUCAACCCACCGCAUUUGGUAAUCUUGGCACAACAUCUUCAGCUGGAACAACACUCUUCGGUCAACCUGCUGCUAGUAGCCUAACAGCUAAAAAGCCUUUCGGUUUUGGAACGGCGAAUGCUACUGGCAUUGGAUCGUUUGGUUUUAGUCAACCUAAUACUGGGACUAGUUUGUUCGGUGCACCAUCUGCGGCUACAGGUUUUGGUUUAGGAGCAGGGGCUACUUCAGGAUCUUUGUUUGGUCAAACUAGUACAGGUUUUGGUCUUGGCCAAAAGCCCUUGCAGAAUGUUCCUGCAGGUAGCACAUUUGGUGGUGGCUUUGGUUUGGGAGCAAGUACGGCAUCAACUUUUGGAGGUUUGGGAAGUAAUCUUUUUGGCACUAAUGUUGGUACUCAAAGUUUAGGCUCUGUUGGAGUUCAACCCAUUGGCUCUUCAUUAACUGGACUUGGUACUAUCAAUGCAACAGGUUCUGCUUUUGGCCUGGGUUCAAACGAUCAAGUUGCUCAGUCUAUAAAAGCUCAACAACAAGUUUUAGAAGUUGUUCGUAGUAUGCCGUAUGGUCAAUCUUCACUGUUUCGUUACUUAAACUUACCCACAAAUCCUACUUCUAACGCAGAUUCAAAAGCACAAGUUCCUGGAACUAUAGCACCCAACACUUCUACUUCUGGAAGUGUUAUUGUACCAGCUAAAUAUGUCGCCACGAUGUUCGCUGAGCGUAAUAGAGCUGCAGGACUAUUAGUUGGAUCUAGUCCAACCAAUUCUGGUUUAAAUGGUAGUCGUGUUUCUGGUUUCCGUCGUCCUGCUAAUUCUAAUGCUCGUCUCCUUCAGGUAGCAAAUCGCAACAAGUUGUUUUCAGGUUUCUAUGAAGAAGAUGCUUUAACUAGUAAUAAUAAUUCUCCUUUGUCAUCAAGUCUUCGACGCACCGCUUCAUUAGGACCGACAGCUGUUUUAAGCCCUGUAAAUAAUAAUACCACUGGUAAUUUCUUUGUUAAACGAGGAGAAUGGAAACAUCUUCAUCUACCUGAAAAUGUAAGAAAUUCAAUAUUGGAACGAUCAAAUGCUAUAACAAAUGAAUUAAAUCAGUUGGCUGAAUCAUCUUUAGAUAAUAAUACAGUACAUUCUGAUUCGAUAGUAAAUAAUAAUCCAUCAAAUAAACAAAUCUCUACUUCCUCUGGUGAUAUUUCACUGAAAGAAGUAAAUAAAUCUAAUUUAUCGCCACUAGAUCAAUCUAUUGUUAAUAGUACUGUGGAGAAGAAAUUGACUCCUGUUACAACAACAAGUGAAUCAUCAAGAAAUUUAUUAAAUAAUAAUAUUAUCAAUAGAAAAAUUAAUAAUUCUCCAUUGAAUAAUCAUAUUCCUCAACAGAAUAAAAUUGAUAAUACAAUACGAAUACGUGAUAAUUUACAAGGAAGUAUACAUGAAAAUAACACUGAUUCUAUAUUGUCCAGUCCAUCAAAUAUUACUUAUGAUGAUAUUUCUAUACUUAGAUCACCUAAUUCAGAACAAUUACAUGGUGAUGGUGAUACAUCAGAUUGGGAUCAAUUAAAUUAUUGUAAACCUAAUAACACCACUACAUUAAAUCCUUCUGGUGUAAUUUUAACAAAACCUGGUUAUUAUACUUUACCUACGUUAGAUGAAUUAGCUGAAAUGGUAACUGAAGAAAAGUGCUUGGUAGAAGAUUUUGUAAUUGGUCGUCGUCUUUAUGGACAUAUACUAUUUCCGGGGAUUACUGAUGUUUACGGACUUAAUUUGGAUAAUAUUGUUCAUAUUCGUCGACGUGAAGUUGUUGUUUAUCCGGAUGAUGAAAAGAAACCUCCUGUUGGUACUAGUUUGAAUAAACGAGCUGAAGUUUGUUUGGAGUCUAUUUGGCCUACAGAUAAAUCUACAAGAGAACCAAUCAAAUCGCCUGAACGACUAGCUUUAAUGCAUUUUGAAGAACGUCUGGAAAAAGCUACUAGAAGAAUGGAUGCCAGAUUCAUUGAAUAUCGACCAGAGUCUGGUUCUUGGGUUUUUGAGGUCAAACAUUUUUCCAAGUAUCGGUUAGACGAUUCAGAUGGUGAAGAUGAAGGUAAAAAUUGUGAUUCAGACUCACUGAACAAGUCACAAAAUCUUUCAAAAGCGACUGAUGUCAAAGCAAAAUGUCUAUUCGAUAGUGAUCAAUCAAUCAAUGAUGAUACACUCAAUAUCAUUCAUAAAAAUGAGAAACUGGGGACCUUUGAUUCAGAUCAAGGAAUAUUCAAGGAUUUCCAAUUGAAGCCAUAUAUGAAUAUGAAGGUUAUUGAUCCUCAAUUCGACCAGCAAAGUGAUUUUUACAUUCCCCAAAUAUUCCGCACCUUGCCAUCAUGUCCUACUUUCGAUGGUAUUGCACUAUAUGAGGAUGAUAAAUUAGACCAACGAAAUGAUCUACCACAAAGUCUACAGUUGUCACUUAUGGAGAUGAAAAGCCAUUUGGACGUUAUUAAUGAUAACAACUUCUUAAUGAAUUUGUACCCGUAUGAAAAUAUAACAAAAAUAUGUGAUAUGGUGUCAUUGAAAUCUGGCACAAACCAUGAUAAUAUGACAUUGUUAAAUCAUGCUUCACAUUGGGUAAUGGAUGCUGGUCUUUGGCAUGGUCAUGGUAUGCGACCAUCUUUCAGUUAUUCACGGUUUCCUGAAUUUCAUUCUAUGGUACUAGUUUGUCCAUCACCGCGUGAUAAUCAAUACGAUGAUGAGAUGAAUUUUGAUCUAACCAAUUCCAUUACAUUCUUCACAUUACCAUCACCGAUCGAAUUAUUUGAUGAGGAUAUGCUUAAUUCAGCUUUGACUACAUCUAUGCGAGUUAUACAAACUGGCAGUAAUUCAUUAUUACAACCACCAUCUAAUCAUUGUCCUUUAUGGCGUCCAGUUAUUGGUUUAGCAGCUUUAGAGUCUUACACACGUAUAUUAAAUUGUGAUCCUUUAAAUAAUAUCAAUAUGAAUUUUCAUGAAUCUGUCGAAAAUGAAAAACUCAGCGCUCGACUAACUGGUUUUAAACGAAUAUUCAGUCUUUGUCAAGCACUUUGGGGACGUCAUCCACAAGAAGCUGUCGCUGAAGCAAUGGCUGAAACUGACAGUUCCACUGAUAAAAUUUUUAAUACUAAAUUAAUCAGUUCUGAUUUUCCUAUUUUAAAUGAAAAUAAUCAACUUUGGAAUAAUGGUGAAUGCAUUAGUAAUGAAGUUUAUGGUAAUUAUAAUUCAGUGAAUUAUCCAAUUAAUAUGUAUCGUGAAAUUUCUGGUAUGCGUUCUUUAGCCAGAAAACAAGCUGUUUCAGAAUGGAUAAGAACACAGUCAUUUCCCUGGUUGAAAUCUAAAUUGGAAUCCUUGCGUUUAAUAGAAGCAGCUGGUCUGAAUGAAACUGCAUCUGAUUCAUUUGAAGCGUUUUCCAUGUCUAAAUCAAAUUCCAACAAUUAUGACAGUGAUAUUUUAGCACAAGGAGUGUUUGCUUGUUUGGUAUCAGGUGAAUCUGGUGCUGCAUGUCGUCUGGCCAUUGUAUCCAAUAUGCCAGCUUUAGCUUCACUAAUAGCACAGUCAACUGCCGGUGAUCCAGUUGUUCGACGUGGUUUACAACAUCAGUUGAAUAAAUGGCAUGAGAUAAAAUUUGAUCAGCAUAUUCCAAUUAAUAUGCUUCGAGUGUAUUGUUUAUUAGCUGGAAUUACAGAGUUCCCACAUCCAUCAAAUUCAUCAAGUAUCUCUGUACUUGCUGAACUUGAUUGGAUUCAAGCAUUUGGUGCGCAUAUAUGGUAUAUAUGUGAUUACCAGGCAAAUUUCGGUGAGAUUUUAUCAGUGUACAGUUAUACUUGGCAUUCUGAUCAAAAUCCUAACAUAAAACAAGGAGUACCACGUCCAAGUCCACCUGCAGUUGACAAACUCGUCAAUCCAAAUCUUCCUGUUUCGCCAGUUAAGGAUUAUCCUAUUAAUAAAGAGACAGAAGGUCCUAAUCCUGAAAUCAAAUUUCGAGAUUGGCCUCGUGAUACAGCUUAUCAUCUUCUACAAUUAUGUCGCAAACAGGUUCAUUCUUUACAAAGAACAUUGGAUCCUUGUUCCUUUAGUCGACGUUCUUCAUCAUCUUGUGCUUUAAAUCGUGACAAUCUCUUGGAUUGGGCUAUGUCGUGGCAUUUAUGGCGUUUUCUUGUAUCCUAUGGAUAUCAUCAUUUUUACGAUGAUUUCUAUGAAGACUUCUCUGAAAUAUCUACUCGUGUUUGCAAUGAAUUCGCCACACAGUUAGAAGCUGCAGGUCUAUGGGAAUGGUCAGUUUUUGUACUGCUUCAUAUAGAUAAUGAGAAAACUCGAGAAGCAUCUGUAAAAUGUCUCAUCGGUCGACAUGUAUCAUUAGUUUUGCCUCCAGGCCUUUUGAAUAAUUCCAAUAAAAAUUCCCCGUCUUGUUUAUCGGAUAUAGACUUCAUGUCACAUAAAAUCUCUUUACUACCUACACCAUCGUUAACUAAACCUGAAUCGUUUGUGGUUAAUCGUCUGGGAGUUCCUGUUUGUUGGAUUCACGAAGCAAAGGUAGAUUUGAUGUUUAAAAUAUAAUAUGAACAUGUUAUUCAUGCUGUGCGCGAUUUAUAUUUAUCUCUGUGAAUUGAUCCCAAUUAAAGAAUUGUUAAAAACAACGAAAACAACUGCUUCUGUUGUUUUAAUUUGCUCCUUACAUCAUAAUUUCAAUAGAAAAAUUAUCUUAAAUUAGGCUAACAGCUAUAAGCUAAAAAUUACUCGUUAAGGACAAAAGAACAGUGAGGUUGUAUUGCUUAAUUAUUAAUAAUUGAUAUGCGUACCAUAAUUUAUAAAGGCUGUGUAAAGAUAGUAAAUGUACCCAAUAUUCAAGUACAAGUCUUGUUAUCAUUCAGAUUCACUUUUAUCAAGAUGUAUAUACAUACAAUUGUAUGAGGCUGUGUGUACUUAAACUCCUGUAAUCUUUUAAGGUUAUCAAUUUUCAACAGUCACAUGUUACAGUGGUUGUAUAAUAAUGAAUAAGAUCUAAUCGACAUACCACAGUUUUUUUCAAAGUUGAAAUCAUAAGUCGAUUGAAGCUAGAAAAAUACUGAAAUCUCCACAAAACUCCUUCUGAAUAUCACAGCUUUAUUACAAACUUGACUUAAAUAUUUUUGUAUAAACUGAAAUAAAUAUCUCUUAAUCGUUAUUGUUCUCUGUAUGGUUUCCAUCUUUCAUAAGUAGAUUUUAAAUAUAUUCUAAGUGAGUAUACGCAUUUCACCAUUGAAACUUAUUAAUAGUAGUAUUAUUCAUCAGAAAUUAAAUAUAUUUUCAGCUAUAACUAUUUCGUUUCAGGCUAUAUUAGCAAGACAUCGCUUAAAAGCCUAUUUAUGUAGAACAGAUAUCAAUACUGUUUCACAACAACGUACUUUAAUCUCUACGGAAGAUCGUAGCCAGUUUUGUAUAUUUGCAAUGCUUGAAGCAAGUCAUUGGUUUGCUGCUGGACGUAUUCAAGCGGCAGAUGAAGUUUUAUCAAAGUAUAUACUGCCCGAGCUUAUUUUACAUACAAAUAUUUCACCUUAUUCAGCUUUUCAGCUAAGGUUCGAAUCAGUAUACUCUGAACUAGGUCGUCGUAUUGCUCACUUGCUUGAGCCUUAUAAUUCCCUAGCAGAAAAUUGUUUACCAAGUGAUUUUCAUUCAGGUGUUGGUGUUUAUCGAUCUUUUGGUGAAUUACUUUGCGUAGUAGAUGAUCUUACAAAUUUUUGCAAACAAUCGUCACUACUAGACAGUGUAUUGUAUAGUCCUAGCAAGAAAAAACUGAAAGAAGAUACUGAUUUAAAUAAACUAGAUAAUUUAGCAUCAAUUCUAUCAAAAUUAAAAUCAAAAGUUCCCAGUGUAACAGAAGAGAUUAAUUUAAUGAAGAUUAAUUCAUUUAUUGAGAAAGUUGUACGCACAGAAAUGGCUGCCGUUUGCAUACAUUUAACUUCUGCCUUUCUUGCAGCUAGCUGUUUGGAAAACAUGAACGAUGAACAAAAUUCAUCGACAAAUGAAAUGAUCAAAAAUCAGGAACAAGGAACGUUAAACUAUCUAGAGCACCAACUUGUCUGUAUGACUAAAUUAGGCUUGCCAGCAGACUAUCGAUUGAAGGAACUUCGUGCAGUUGCAGAAAUUAAGUUGUCUUUAGGGGUUGUGUAAGCAAGUUGUAAACUGACCACCUCCAGGUUGUAACUUUUUUAAAACAAUGCACUUUUUACGUCUUUACAUUCUAACUUUCUAACUGUUUUUAUAAUGUAAAAAGAAUCAAGAUAAAACACACUUGUAAAAUUAACAUUUUGAUUUUUUGCAUUCAACGAUUGUUAUCAACGCAUUUCAAAAAUUAAUCAAAUGGACAACGGC